GCUUCACAGGGCAGGGGUUUAACUUGUAAGUUAGAAACUGAAAUAUAAACUAUAUGUCUUUUCUUUCAUGGAGCUCUAGUGUCUUCAUUACACAACAUUUUACUUACACACGCACACACACACUUAUAUUAUUUGAUUCUGUGUCGACUUGUUGGAAUAUCAACAGACAACUUAUUUACCAACACACAUCUUCUUCUGGUGUAAUAAUAACUCAAGUGGAACAAUACUGACACUGACCCAGUCCUGCUGGCACAGUGCAGUGGUGUUCAAGGACGUGUGUGUGUGUGUGUGUGUGUGUGUGUGUGUGUGUGUGUGUGUGUGUGUGUGUGUGUGUGUGUGUGUGUGUGUGUGUGUGUGUGUGUGUGUGUGUGUGUGUGUGUGUGUGUGUGUGUGUGUGUGUGUGUGUGUGUGUUAAAUAACUGAAGCAAAGGCUGGUGUGUAUGUACAGAGACAUUCACACAGUCUAAGUAUAGCGUCCUCUCACUCCACUGGUAUCAGUUGACACUUGACUUUCAUAUUUCUGCCACAGGAGGAAGUUGUCGUGUAACAGGUGACGCUCUUCUCCAAACUAAAAGUAAUGUUCCUCAGCAGAUAAUCAGUCCUCAGGUCUCUGUCAGCUCCCCCGUCCGUCUCCCUCCAACGUCUCGUCCUGCUCAGCAUUCAGCCUCCGUCUGUCUCUGCAGCGGCUCCUCUCUCACUAAUGGACAGGAACCAGUGUCCCCUGUGGUCAGUUGGGGUUGGACAGGGUUUCAUUGAAUAUGAAUCCUGAUUCAAGUCCCUCAUUGAGUCUCAUUAGGUUCACUUUUCCUCAUGUGAGAUUCAAAGGUUCAGUUCAGAUCUGGGAUCAGCUGCUGUUGAAAGAAUCCACAUUAAUGUUAAUGAAGCGAGUCCAAUUAAUGCUGACAACCUGUGGCCUCAAAUGAAAAUGAGCUGAAGCUUUGAUCAACAAGGACUGAGAGGAACGAGGACAAUCAGCCGUCUCCUUUGUGUCUGUCUCAGUUUGUGUCUGUCUCCUUUGUGUCUGUCUCAGUUUGUGUCUGUCUCCUUUGUGUCUGUCUCAGUUUGUGUCUGUCUCAGUUUGUGUCCGUCUCAGUUUGUGUCUGUCUCAGUUUGUGUCCGUCUCAGUUAACUGUUUUAUGUGUUGUGCGUCCUCAGGUUCGAAGGACCUGGUGGUGAAAGCUCAGGUUCUGGCCGGGGGCCGAGGAAAGGGGACGUUCGAGGGCGGACUGAAGGGAGGAGUGAGGAUCGUCUACUCUCCCGAGGAGGCCCGCGACAUUUCCUCCCAGAUGAUUGGCCGAAAGCUUUACACCAAGCAGACCGGGGAGGCGGGUCGGAUCUGCAACCAGGUGUUCAUCUGCGAGCGCAGGUACCCACGCAGAGAGUACUACUUCGCCAUCACCAUGGAGAGGACGUUCCAGGGCCCCGUCCUGAUUGGCAGCUCGCAGGGAGGCGUGAACAUCGAAGAUGUCGCAGCAGAGAAUCCAGACGCCAUCGUGAAGGAGCCCAUCGACAUCGUGGAAGGCAUCAAGAUGGAGCAGGCUGUGAAGGUGGCUGAGAAGAUGGGCUUCCCGCCGGCGCUGGUGAACAAGGCGGCGGAGAACAUGAUGAAACUGUACAACGUGUUCAUGAAGUACGACGCCUCCAUGUUGGAGAUCAACCCCAUGGUGGAGGACUCUUCUGGCAUCGUGAUGUGCAUGGACGCCAAAAUCAACUUCGACUCCAACGCUGAGUACCGCCAGAAGAAAGUGUUCGACCUGCAGGACUGGACCCAGGAGGACCCCCGGGACCGGCAGGCCGCCAAGGCCGACCUGAACUACAUCGGCCUGGACGGAACCAUCGGCUGCCUGGUGAACGGAGCCGGUCUGGCCAUGGCCACCAUGGACAUCAUCAAGCUGCAUGGCGGCACUCCAGCCAACUUCCUGGAUGUGGGAGGCGGAGCCACAGCUCAUCAGGUGACCGAGGCGUUCAAACUCAUCACGUCUGACAGGAAGGUUCAGGCCAUCAUGGUCAACAUCUUCGGAGGCAUCAUGAGGUGUGAUGUCAUCGCUCAGGGCAUCAUCAUGGCUGUGAGAGACCUGGAACUGAAGAUCCCCAUCGUGGUCCGGUUACAAGGAACGAGAGUGGACGACGCUAAAGCUCUGAUCGCUGCCAGUCCACUGAAGAUCCUCGCCUGCGACGACCUGGACGAAGCGGCCAAAAUGGUUGUGAAGCUUUCUGAGAUCGUGUCACUGGCUAAAGAAGCUCAGGUGGACAUCACCUUCCAGCUGCCCAUCUAGAAAACCUGGACCCCCCCCCCCCCCCCCCCCCCCAUACUUCCCUCUGCCUCCUCCCCCGGG